AAGAAGAGGAAGGAAGUACAUCCGGGGUCACGAGUCGAACAUCCACUGUUGUGUUAGCUUUCGAUGCUAACAGGAAAAGUACCCACGGCUCUGUGAUAAAACAUUCUGAAUUGUGCUUGGCAUGGCGGAGGGUAGCGGUAAUGUCGGCGUUAAUCCGGGCGGCCUUCCCCCUGGAGACCCGCAGCUUAUCGCGAUGAUUGUGGAGCACUUAAAGAACCGAGGGCUUUUCGAUGAGUUCCGUCGGGACUGUUUGGCGGAUGUUGACACGAAGCCUGCCUAUCAGAACCUGCGGCAGAAAGUGGACAACUUCGUCACGUCGCACCUGAGCACGCAGGAGUGGAACCCGUCCAUCAACAAGAACCAGAUGAGGAACGGACUGAGGCAGAGUGUGGUCCAGUCGGGCAUGCUGGAGUCCGGUGUAGACAGAAUCAUAACUCAGGUCGUGGAUCCCAAGAUGAACCACACUUUCCGCCCAAACAUAGAAACUGCCAUCCACGAUUUCCUGUCAGGGGACAGAAAAGAGGAAAGUGCCUCCAGCCUGAGCUCUGCUCCGUCAGAACAGGCAGAACCACAUGAAGCCCCGUCUGCUCCUGGACCCAAAACCCCCUGCUCCACAGUGUGUGUUGGAAACUCCGUCAGAGCGCGUACACGCCGGUCCCGUGUGAUCUCUUCAACAAACAAACGGGGCAGAGAAGAAGUAGCACUGACCUCCGGAAUGCAGCUGAGCUCGUGCGCGCUCCUGGCGCUGGUUCCCCUGCUGCUGUGCCAGCAGGUGCUGGCCGCGGAGCCGCACGAUGUGCAGGAGAAACAAGCCGGCCGGGUCAAGAGGCGCCUCUCCCUGCAGAGCACAGCGGAGAUUCAGAGCUGCCUGGUGAGCUCUGGAGAUGUCGGCUGUGGCAUGUUUCAGUGCUUCAACAACAACUCCUGUGACAUCCAGGGCCUGCACCACAUAUGCCUGACUCUGCUGCACAACGCUGGACGCUACGACUCACAGGGAAAGUCCUUUGUGAAGGACGCGCUGCGCUGCAUGGCGCUGGGACUGCGGCAGCGCUUCAGCUGCGUGAGCCGCCGCUGCUCGGCGGUGAAGGAGAUGGUGUUCUCGCUCCAGAGGGAGUGCUACUCCAAACACCAGCUCUGCCUGGCCCUGCAGGACCACAUGGACACCAUGGGGAGCCUGGUCCAGUUCCACCUGAUGUUCCCUUCAGGGCCUUACGUGGAGCUGAUGAACUUCCUGCUGAAGUGCGGGGACGAGGUCAGGGCAUGGGUCGGCCGGCGGCUGCAGGGGCAGUGCGAGCAGCACUGGGGGGCGCUGUGCGGCAGCUUUGCGGGGAUCUGCCCCAUGGGCCAGUCGGGAGCUGCGCAGCACGCCACCUCCACCUCGCCUCCAACCACGGAGGCAGGGACCGUCACGGCGCAGAGACUCCCGGCCAAGGACGCCAGCGAGCCUCUGCAGAUGGAGAACGUGACCGAGCCCAGCCUCCCCGAGUCGGAGGAAUCGAACGCCACCACUUCAUAAGACAGACAGGGUUCGCAAAGAUCAUUAACACCAACGUACAAGCUAUAUAGAACGAGUGAAAGUAACAGCAGUAGUAUUCAGUGCAGCAUAACUUAUUUAAUCUGUCGGGGGUUUUUUUUCCUAAAACAUUUUCUUUGUACCAAAACCAAAUAUCUACCUCACUUCAGCAUCACAGCAAACCGCAGCGGCUCCAUCCUUCAGCCAAAACAGGGACUCACUCAAGUCACCACGACAGGGAAUUUAUAGCUCAAGUGCAGCUGAUGGCUCCAAGUCAGGAUUCUACCUAUUUAAGUCUGUUUUUGUAUUUAUGAUGAUUGUUGUGUUGUGCGCCGUAUUAUUGACAUGUAAUCAGGUGCUAUGUUGUAGGCAGUCAGUGGGAGGAGAAGCACUCUUUUAGUCUUGUUGUAGAAAUGUGUUUGCUUCAGUGUUCUUCUACUUGAACUCGACAUUUCACGCAGAACCAGGUUCAAAGAUUUUGUAAGUUUUUAUUUAAAUGGCUCUUCUAUAGCAACUUUAACAGAAUUUAACCGCAACGACGUCAGCGGACAGAGGAAAGUCUGUUAACUAUGUUAGUUCUGGAAUAAUAAAGCAGUUCUCACAAAUUCACAGUGUUGAAAGUGGCGAUGUGGUCAAGAGUCGCACGCUCGCAGUAAUAAGACAUAUAAAACAUUCAGUUACAUUCAUACAACCUGACCUUCACACAGUCUGAUUCACAGAGGACAAACACUCUUCAGUACUCCGUAUAUCUGAGUGGAGAGGAGAAAGGCACAUGGUAACUGUACCAGCUUCUUUACAGCAGUGGUUUGUAUUCUCUCUCUCUCUCUCUCUCUCGCUCUCUCUCUCACACACACACACACACUGA